AUGAACGACGAUGAAGUCACGCUUGAGCUAGACUUUGAUCACGAUGACAGCAAUCUUCCAGCCCUAGCCAAGACGCCCAAGCGCACACGACGGUCGCCCAGCGGAGCUGCCAAGCGCACACCUUUGUGGGAUGAUGAUGGCGUUGCUGCUUUGUUUCGGUUGCGGUACAAGUCUGAGCUGUCUGCGCGGUUUUACUCGAAGAACAACGCCGACAAGAAGACUGCUUACGUGAUGCUGGCUGCCGAGCUAAGCGUGGCCACGGAGAAGGAAUACUCUGUCGCUCAAGUGCAAGACAAGUUUGCGAAAAUGAAGUCAGCAUGGUCGCUGUCGAAGCCCUCGAAUGCGAUCGAAACAGGGAAUGCUCCCUCCGCCCCAUUGCCUCCCCAUUACGAUGUAAUGUUGGAAUACUGGAGCGACAAAAAAGGAUAUCAACGGGAAUCCUUAAUGUCCACCGACGAGAAUGAAAUUGUUAAUCAUAUUAAUGUGAAACAAGAAUCGGGAUCAGAAUGCGAAGAAGAAAUGUUGCGCAGUCGCAAGAAAAAAAAAUCCAACCCAUCCAAGUCAAAGAGCCACAGCGAGGCGUUGGAGGCCGGAUUUAUGGCCAUUAAGGAAGGUUUGAUUCAUUUGGGGUCAUCACUCUCAGCGGCGCCAAGCCCACAGCCCACCCCGCCAACAGGGGCAACAUUGGACGAUGUAUUGCAAGCCAUUCAAGGACAGUCUCAGACGAUUGCUCAACUCGUUGCGCAUUUAAUCGCACAAAAGGAAAAGUAA